AUGCAAGCUCGUGCACACGACAUCAAGAGCGAUAAUAUUCUUCAGGACAUAGAAGACAAGUGGAUCCUUGAACGUUUUACGCAGGCUGAGCUGAAGGAUCCUUCACCCCGCAAAAUCGUCAAUGGUUUGCCAGUAUAUGCCUCCCGACGUUUCGACUUGCCGAAAGCGUUUGGCCGAGCAGUUUUAAGUGAUUUUGGACCUGCUGUACGAGGAGAUGAGAGGAGGAGUCACGAUGCUCAACCAAAUAUUGACAGAUCACGGGAAGUCAUGCUCAGGACUGAUUGGGGCUAUCCCGUCGAGGUAUGGAAUGUUGGGGUUAUGGUGUGGGAUUUAUUUGAGGGGAGACGCCUUUUCUAUAGAAAUGACCCGGAUGGCAAAGGGUCUUCGACUCGGGCACAUCUUGCAGAAGUCAUGCGGCUUCUAGGGCCACCUCCUUUAGAUAUGCUCCAGCGUGAAAACCGAAGUCAUGAGUUCUUUACCAUUGAUGGGAAAUGGGAGCAGGACGUAGAGAUCCCGACAGGAGCAAGUUUAGAACUGUCGGAAGACUUCGUCAAGGGGAAAAAUAAGGAGGUGUUUAUAGCUUUCCUGAGAGGGAUGCUUCAGUAG